ACGACAAGUUGCUCAAAAGAUUUGGAUAUACAACAGAUUUUUACAAAAGCAUAAAUCUGCAAACAAUUCAAUAUACAUGAUAAGUUGGAUGGAUCAAAUCAUCAACAAAUCAAUCUCUUCUCCAUACCUUAUAAAAAUCAAAAAAGAAUGGGAAAACUAUGCAACUCAAAUUGGACAUCUAAAAGAUAAAGUUCAAACCCUACAACCAAUAUUAACAAAAAACCAAACCUCUCAAACAUUAAACACAAAUAAUAUUUCACUACCACCAACACUCAAAGAAAUCUACUCGACAAUACUCAACAAUCACCAAUGCAAAUCAAAAGACUAUAUUGGCAAGAAAUAUUCAGAUCUACUUCUUACUUCGCACCAACAAUCAAUACAACUAUUAUGGAAAUACACAUACGACCAACUUUUUGUCAAAAUUCAAAAAUUAAAAGAUCCAAAAGGCCGUGAUACAAUGCAAAGAUUCCAUGCUAGAUGUCUUCCGAUUAAUCAUCUACACAACAAAGUUUGCCCCAUUUGCAACAAUGAAAUGAAUAAUGAUCCCUAUGGUCAUUUGUUUUUCAAUUGUCAGCACACAAUCAACUUCAUAAACCACGACAAAUUAAAAUAUUUUAUAUAUAAAAAUUGCAAUGGAAACAAAAACUGGUCAUUAACAAAAAACCAAACAACAAAAUUAUACACACUCAUUUAUAAACCACAAACAAACAACAAAGCAUUUAAACCAGAUCCAACUAUCAAUAUUAAUUUUCAUUUUCCAGAAAACGCACAAUAUAAAAAAUACAGGUUCAACUGGAAUUAUAUAAACACAAAUCUUGAUCUAGUCAGAACACAUGCAUAUUGGAACAUAAUCUCAUUAGUUAUUCACCAAAUAUGGAUAUGGUUAUGCAAAUCAUUAUUUGACAUCAAUAUAACUCAAUCAAUUGAUAAUUGGAACAACCAAAUAAACAACACAACACUAGAUUAUGAUAUAUUAAAAUCAAAAUGGCACAAGCUAAUAAGAUUGGAAUAUUCAAGAACAUUAUCAAACUUUAACCAAUACUCAAUUAAAAACAACCUCACAAAAACUCAAAAAGAAACCCAAUGGUCCGAAACAAUCAAAAAAUUUAAAAAAGAAUGGAGCAUAAACACUAAUGAACCAAUUCCAACAAUUACACCACCAAUUAAUUAUUAA